AUGUCCUCCACCGACAGGGCCGCCGAGUCGUCUGCGGCCAAGUCGUUCUCGGCAGACGCUUCCAUCACAAAGGACGGACGUAAGCUCUGCGUUCGGCACAUGCAGAUGGCGAACCAGAAUGUCAACGCGAAGCUGCAAAAGUCACUCGACAGCCUGCCCGUCCCCGAGCGAGCAGACAUCACUCACCUGUGGUCGACGUUCUCUGCUGCGCCCCACCACAAGCGAAAACUCAUCCUCGAGGGUAUCCUCACCAUGUGCUGCUUCUCGCAGCUGUCUCACCUGUCCGACUCAUUGAACCAAAUCAUCCGCAUCGACCCCUUCUCCCUGCUUCCCCGCGAGGUCUCGCUUCGCAUUCUCGGGUACCUUGACGCAAUCUCGCUCGGACGUGCCGCUCAGGUCUCAAAGACAUGGAAGGCGCUGGCAGACGACGACCUUCUGUGGCGACGAAUGUGUGGCCAGCACAUUGAGCGCAAGUGCGAGAAGUGCGGCUGGGGUCUUCCGCUUCUCGAGCGACGACGUCUCAAGGUCGAGCUCAAGGACCGCAGCCCUAUCGUCGCCCACGGCGUCGGCGGCCACCACGACCACGCCCACGACUAUGGCGUUAAGGAGGUCAUGACUCGCUCUGAGGUUCUUGGCCCGGAGCGUGCUUCGACUUCUUCGCAGGCUCUUGUCUCGUGCGACCUGGCCACUCCGGCUCCGAACUCGACGCUGAAGCGACCAGCUCCUACCGAGGGCUCGACAUGGGCCCGCGAGAAGAAGCCCAAGCUGGAGGGAGGCAGCGACUCGGAGGGCGAGAGCGCUGCUGAUGCCAAGGCUGGCAUUCUCUCGCGUGACGUCCGCUUGACGCGCCCCUGGAAGAGUGUUUACUGCGAGCGUCUCAUCGUCGAGCGUAAUUGGCGCAAGGGUCGGUGUCAGACCAAGACGCUGAAGGGACACACCGACGGCAUCAUGUGUCUCCAGUACCACACCGCCCUCACCGAUCCCAACUACCCCGUCCUCAUUACCGGCUCCUACGACCGCACCGUCCGCAUUUGGAACCUCGACACUGGCGAGCAGGUCAACUGCCUGCGUGGUCACACGCGCGCCGUCCGUGCACUCCAGUUCGAUCAGAUGCUGCUGUUCACGGGCUCCAUGGACGGCACCGUGCGCAUGUGGAACUGGCGUAAGGGCCAGUGCCUGAGGGUGCUUGAAGGUCACCGCGAUGGUGUUGUUUCGCUGCACUACAACGGUUAUCUGCUGGCGUCUGGCAGUGCCGACAGCACUAUCAUUGUUCGCAACCUGCGUAACGGAACUAAGUUCACGCUAGCGGGUCAUAACGAAUGGGUGAACUCUGUUGUGAUCUGGGAUGGCAAAUCGUCCCCAGGUGACCUCGACCCGACUGCGAUGCCCACGUUUACGCAGGCGCUCAGCCGCAACCGUCUGCAAGCCUCGCCCGGACCUGAUAACACGGCGUUUGACAUUGACGCUGGAACCAUGCUCUUCUCCGGCUCCGAUGAUGGCACCGUCAAGCUCUGGGACCUGGUGACUCAGCAGUGCCUGCGCACCUUUACCGGCCACAAGGGACAGAUUCAGAGUCUCCGAAUUCUGAUGACCGACCAGUCCCCGGAGGACGAGGACGACCACGAGCCUUCGGCGACUGAGGGUGGCUCGGCGUUUGGCCAAGCCUCCGCAGUCGGACUCAACACCAGCCCUUACCACUCUCGCAUGGCGCUCCCUCCCACGGGCGACGAGCACGUCGUGCCUCAUGUUUAUGUCCAUUCCGAGGAGGACAACCACCACCGCAAGGCCAAGGAGGCCUCGGUCGACCGUGCCGAGGUCAAGCGACCUCUGCUCGUGACUGGUUCCCUCGACGGCACCGUCAAGGUUUGGGACGUGGAGACGGGCCGCGAGAAGAGCACGCUGUUCGGCCACAUCGAGGGUGUGUGGGCUGUUGACAUUGACGCACUCCGUCUCGCCUCUGCUUCUCACGAUCGCACGAUCAAGGUCUGGGACCGCGAGGCGGGCAACUGCGUCCAGACAUUGGUUGGCCACCGCGGCGCAGUCACUAGUCUGCAGCUGUCCGACGACAUGAUCGUCUCGGGCUCUGACGAUGGUGACGUGAUCGUCUGGAGCUUUGGACCUGGCGCUGAGAAGAAGGCGAACUCGACCGCCGACAACUCAGCUUGCAUCCAGGCGAUCCCGUCAUAG